CUCCACGCUGAUCAAUUUCUUUUAUUUUAUUUUUACUUGUUAUUCUACUUCUUUUACAUUUUUUAUUUCAAUGCUGUAUGCAACACAAUACCCUCUUCUCUACGAGCAGCUGAACGCAGCGCCACCAAUCACCGUCCAAGCACGCACCGUGUUCUUUCUGUUCGAGACGCAGGGUCUUUGCUGGCCAAUGGCGCUGGCUCCACUGUAAGAAAUAGCCUACGACAGGUGGCGACCAGCUGUCACAGCCUCGUUGGUUCGCACACGAAGCCAGGCUUGCGUGGCCGAUCCCAGGCAAAACUUCCGUCGACGCUCCAUCCUCACGCACCGCCUCACGCUCUCUCCCAUCCCAACACACAUCACCAAAGCCCCAGCUUUUGUUUCUUCCAUCUCGUUUUCUCAUCAUCAUCGCAACCAUACGCCUAUUCGACACUCGCACACACAGCCGCCCAUCAUGGGGAACCCAAAGGAUGAUGCGCUCGCCGAACCGCCCUCGCCCUCACUCUCGACUCCCCUAGCAUCUUCUCCCUCCAGCGCCGUUCAACUGCAAGAAACAUCUUCUCCUGUGCAUGGCCCUGGGAACCCCAACCCGCCGUUCCAGCGCUUCUUUGACGAAGAUCCUCCCGAGCUCCAGGACAGCGACCUUCCGCCUCUCUACUCCGACCUCGAUCACAACCUUCACACACCUGUCGACCCUCUCCUCCCUCGAAAUACUCCCGCACUUUCCAUCGAGCCCUUUUUCGUCUCAGCCCGUACCGACACAGUAAACUACAUUGACCGCCGUCUCGAGUCGGAUCCCGACUUUCUCAUGUCCCAGCUUGACAUCCUUGCUGCCAGUCCGCCCCGGCCCUUUGUCACGAUCCGAGGCCACCAUACCGAGACGAAACAAAAAGGAGACAAGUCCGAGACCAAUGAAGUGAUUGACUUUGCUCUCGAGAUUGAGCUCACGCACCUCCUCUUUACAGACAUUGCCUCGCAAAUGUCAUGGCGCCAGCUCGUCACGGCUGGUAACUUUGAAAAGGUCCGCCGUGGCACCGUCUUUGCUACUCGAGCUCCGGGCUUUGGAGGCUCCGGUAUUGCGACAGACGACGGCCUGCCAUCGCCUCUAGAAUGGUGCCAUCGCUUCUGUGCAUCACGAGCUGGCCUCCGAGUCUUUAGUCUCCAGCGCCGCGUCGUUGGUUGGGACUUUGACCUGGUCCGCCGUAAAUUGGAAUCACUGGUCCGCGACACAAACUACCGCGGCACCCUUACCAUCGACUUCCCUAUCCGAAACUCACGAGUCGAUAUAUACAACAACUGUCUCACCAACCGCUGGCGCCUGACAAACUGGAUCUGCUGGCUGUUCAUGCUUUCCUUGCUCUUCAUCUUUACCUGGCCGUGGAUCUUCUUCCGCACCAAGCGCUUCGAGACAGUCAGUGCCGUCUGGCCUAUGAGCAAGGACGGCCGCUAUGCUUCCAUGAGCGAGCAGCGCUGGUACAACAUGUGGGCUCGCACUAUCCAGAGGGCUGUCCUGCGACGACGCCAGGGCGUCCUGGAUCAGGGCGAUGUCCAGCUGGCUGAGGAGCCGGAGGCGAGAGCAGAAGGCGCUCUAGGCGCAAUCCAGGCCGGUUUGGAGGCUAUGGGCGCCGUUAAUCAGUCGUUUGGAUGGGGAGGUGAUACAAACGGACAUAGUAUCGGCAUCGGCAGGCGUAUCACAGGCACGAACUGAUAGGACUACCAUCACGACAUGUAAUCAAUCCCAUCUAAGCAACCCAGAGCAUUAUCAUUAGCAACAGCACUAGCAGUAAAAUGUACAACGUUAGCAUCUUCUCUUGCUUUAUUUCAACACAAAAAUGAAAAUAAACUCUCAUGAAUUUCGAAUUUAAAGAUAAUUUACAUCGGA